GUAUACGAGUCGUAUAGGGUGUGCAGCUAUCAGGAACUAUUUUUAUUCAUAAAUUCAUCAAAAAAAAAAAAAAAAAUCUCAUGUCGAUUACUAUUAGUCCAACGGCCGGCUCGUGAAACACAUGAGACAAAACGAAGCAUUAAGUUAGGAAGAAACCAGUGAGUCUGAGUGGUGCAAAAUGGAAAUUCAAUCCCUAUGAAUCUUCCUAUACUGCAUUCAAAAUAAUAAUAAUGGCGUCAAUAGCGGUUAUAUUAUUGUUACUACUGCUCUCCUCGAUUGAUCAAAAAACUGUUGCGGAUGUAGUAGAUAAGCAACCCGAACCGAUUGGUUACGGCUACUCUCUUCGAUCUAUUGCCUUUGGCACAAACUUAUUGGUCGCUCAUCUUCAACUCAACAACAAGUCUUCUGUCUUUGGACCCGACAUCGAUCAACUCCGGCUCUUCGCAAGCUUUGAAACAGGUGAUCGGUUAAGGAUUCGAAUCACUGAUGCGAAACACCAACGAUGGGAGAUCCCAACCAACGUGCUUCCACGCCAAUCACAGCCUUACACCCUGCCCCAACAAUCUCACAACACAACUCCAGCCAACCUCUUUCUCUCUGAUCCUAACUCUGAUCUCAUUCUAACACUCCACAACACCACCCAAUUCGGAUUCACAGUCGCUCGUCGCUCUACUGCCGAUAUACUAUUCGAUACCUCUGGCACUGUUCUCAUCUUCAAAGACCAGUACCUUGAACUAACAUCGUCACUCCCAGCUCACCGCUCCUCCAUAUACGGUUUAGGAGAGCACACCAAGCGUACGUUUAAGUUAACACAUAAUCAGACCCUUACCCUUUGGAAUGCGGAUAUUGCGAGCCUGAAUCUCGAUGUUAAUCUAUAUGGAUCACAUCCGUAUUAUAUGGAUGUUAGAUCACCAGAUUCUAAUGGUAAAGUGGUGGCGGGUACCACUCAUGGAGUGUUGUUGCUUAAUAGCAAUGGCAUGGAUGUUGUGUAUAGUGGUGAUGGUAUUACUUACAAGGUUAUUGGGGGUGUUUUUGAUUUUUAUUUCUUUGCUGGACCGUCGCCGGAGUUAGUUAUGGAUCAAUACACUCAGCUCAUCGGCAGACCGACUCCCAUGCCUUAUUGGUCCUUCGGGUUCCAUCAGUGUCGAUACGGUUACAAAGAUGUUCAGGAUCUUGAGAGUGUUGUUGCUGGCUAUGCCAAAGCCAAGGUCCCUCUGGAGGUUAUGUGGACAGAUAUUGACCACAUGGAUGCUUACAAAGAUUUCACACUAGACCCCAUUAACUACCCAUUGUCGAAAAUGUCACCAUUUGUUCAAAAUCUUCACCAAAACGGUCAAAAAUAUGUGCUCAUAUUAGAUCCAGGUAUUAGUGUGAACACAACAUAUGAAACUUACAUAAGAGGAUUACAAGCUGAUAUCUAUAUAAAGCGCGAAGGUAAACCUUAUUUAGGUGAGGUUUGGCCUGGUGCUGUUAACUUCCCGGAUUUUUUAAAUCCAAAAGGAGCAAUCUUUUGGGGUGAUGAGAUCGAAAGGUUUCACGAUAUUCUACCAUUUGAUGGCCUUUGGCUUGACAUGAAUGAACAAUCAAAUUUCAUAUCGUCCCCUCCACUUCCAUCAUCGAAACUUGAUAACCCUCCAUACAAGAUAAACAAUGCCGGUUACCAAAGGCUCAUCAAUGAGAGAACUGUGCCUGCAAGUUCAUUGCAUUUUGGCAAUAUUACUGCUUAUGAUGCCCAUAACUUGUAUGGAUUUACUGAAGCCAGGGCCACAAAGGACGCAUUGAUAAAGAUAACCGGUAAAAGACCAUUUAUACUUUCUAGAUCGACGUUUGUGGGGUCUGGGAAGUUUACAGCACAUUGGACCGGGGACAACGCUGCCACAUGGGAUGACUUGGCGUAUUCCAUUCCGAGCAUAUUGAGUUCCGGGUUAUUUGGUAUUCCAAUGGUUGGUGCUGAUAUAUGUGGUUUUAAUGGAAACACUACUGAAGAACUUUGCCAGAGAUGGAUUCAGUUAGGUGCCUUUUAUCCUUUCGCAAGGGACCAUUCAGACAAAGCAACCACACGACAAGAACUUUAUCUUUGGGAUUCAGUAGCUGCAACAUCACGAAAGGUGCUUGGAUUGCGGUAUCAAAUGCUUCCCUACUUGUACACGUUAAUGUACAAUGCACAUACAAAGGGGACUCCAAUCGCACGACCAGUGUUCUUCUCAUUCCCACAAGACACCAACACCUAUGACAUAAGCACUCAAUUCCUCAUUGGCAAAAGUGUAUUAGUGUCCCCUGUCUUGAAGCCAAAAACAGUCGAGGUUGACGCUUACUUCCCAUCUGGAAACUGGUUCGAUCUAUUUAACUAUUCCAAUGCGGUUAGUGUGGGCUCAGGGACCCAUGUUAGGCUCCAUGCACCAGCUGACCAUAUAAACGUUCAUAUUCGUGAAGGGAACAUAUUGGUUUUACAAAAAGAAGCUUUGACAACGAAAGCAGCUCGAGUGACCCCGUUCCACAUACUCGUUGUGGUUAGCCGCAACGAGAAUAGCACUGGUGAGGUGUAUUUGGAUGAUGGGGAGGAAACGGAGGUUGGUGAAGUAGACGGUAAGUGGACUUUUGUGACAUUUACUAGCCAAGUUGCGGGGAACAAAGCCACGUUGAGAUCAGGGGUCCAGAAUGGCGGUUUUGCAUCAAGUCAGAAGUGGGUAAUUGAAAAGGUGACAUUUAUUGGGUUGGAAAAUGGUUCGAGUAAAACUGGUUACGCGCUAUGUACAAGCGCGGGGGCAGAAAUACGCGACGCAAGAGUGAAGGUUAGUGGUGGUGGGGGGUUCGGGAUGGCAGAGAUCUCGGGUUUGUCUGCGUUGAUUGGGAAAGAGUUUGAGGUAGUGUUGGAUCUUCACUAAUUCAAUAAUAUUUGUAUAACUUGUGACAUGUAAUAAUAAAAAAUAAAACGGCUUAUAUGUUACGAAAAAAACAUUUUAUUGACGUAGUUUGAAAAUAAAAUCCGAACUGUAAUAAUGUACAAAGCGUCGGUGUACCUAGAAUUUCUAUUUUCAUGGUAUAUUUCAGAAGUCCAAAAGUAUAAAAUUGGGACCACUGAAAAUGAGGUAGCCAAUGAACGUUAUUACGUGUGAAUGUGUAAUUAUGGACU